AUGGCUACAUCCACAGUUUUGAGAGUAAAGCGCCGAUUAGAGGAUAACCCCCAAGAUGCUUUAGUACUUUUAUGUAAACGUAUGAAAACAGAUUCGGAAGAGAUUUCGCCUUCACUUUUUGUAUUUAGAGGAAGUGUAGAAAAUCAGGAAACAACUCAUGUGAAAAGUAUAGUUCCAGAUAAAAUUAAAUUGAAAACUUCUACAAAUGUGAAUGACAUAAUUCAGAAAAUAAGAAAAGAGAGAAAAGAUUUUGCCACAGAAAGUCGCUAUGAGAUUGUCAAUUGUAGGAGAGGUAUAAAAGAUGUUGAAGAUGAUUUCGAUUUAGUAGAUUUACAAAAGAAAGAUGAAAAGGUGAAUGAAAAAUAUAUUUAUGAUCUUUAUACUGCUGCUAAAGAAGAUUUCGAUAUAUCAAUGUUGGAUAAUCUUGUUAGUAUAGAGAACUAUGAAACAGAUUUAGUAUUGGGUAACUAUAGAGAAAAUGGUAUUCUUGCAUCUGAUGAUGAGAAUGACAGUGAAGAUUCCAAUGCAGAGAAUAAUUGGAGAAAUGAUUAUCCGGACUCUGAACCCAGUAGCAUUGAUGAAGAAUUAAUGAUUAAAGCUGUUGAGAAUUGUAAUUUAGAUGAUGAUUUAUCAAGUGAUGCAGGCGAAGAAAAAAUAUAUGACGAACCUCCAGAUUUAUUCAAUGAAGAUGUCAAAAGAUAUGGUGCAGCUUAUGCUAAAUACAAAGCCAGAGUUCUUUCAGAACACACCGAUUUAUCCGAUAGCAGGAAUUUUGUACAUAGUACAGUAGAUGAAGGAUACAAAGAUAGUGAUGAUGAAUUUUACUAUGGCCAAGAAGAAGAUUCUGAGCAAUUUCGGGAACAAUAUGAAGACACUUCUGAUCCAGAU